ACGAUUAUAUUCUAAAAUAUAAGAACAUUAUUUUGCUGAUUUUUACUUUAAAACAAAUAGGCUCAUAGCAAAUUUCCGAGUUUACUGUAAAACGAGAUUUCUUUAUUUUCAAUUACUUUCAUUUAUCGAACCGCACCGAGGCAGUUGGCCCGUACAAUUUCGAACAUACUUGCAAUAUACAUAUUCACGAGAAGGGACGUUUAAGGGACACUAAACCAAAACAAAAUUAUUCGCUCUACGAAAAUCACAAACACAAGAGAGAAAUAUUCCUUCAUUUCCUCACUACGAUGAUGAUUCAUCAGUGUGACUUAUCGCAAGUCUCGCAAUUUACGAUAACAUUUAUCAUGGGUAUCACGCAUUUUGUUCAAUAAACCGAUUAGCAUCAAAACGGUGGCGUUUUUGUCGAGCGCGUGGGUGGGACUUUGCGCCCCCGCACCAAUAUUUUCCCUUCGCGCGUGGUAACGCCGCACGUACACGUGAUAACAAUCGCGUUGUUACAUCGCACCCGUUGAAUGAGGCCGCCAAGUGUAGAAGACUCGGUGAUUAGUAAUAGAUCUCAAUUCUCGUCGCGUCGUGUCGCGGUCGAUGGCCUCGUGUGCGUCAAAUACACACGAGGUGCGUUAUCGAGGUGUGUGAUUCAUCGUGGUAACAACCUUGUACAGCAUGCACGUUAAACGUAGGAAAAUGUUGUGGUGAAACACUACGCUGUGGACGGUUCCACAAACGCGGCUCUUUCCCCGAGGAUAAUAGAUGCAUUUCGACAACGCAAAUAUGUCACUGAAGAACGUUAUCGACUGGACACCUUCCGAUGUAGCGACAUGGCUGAAAGAAACCGGCUAUGAGGAAUAUGCGAGCUUAUUCUACAGGCACGACAUCGACGGGAAGGUGCUUCUGAUGCUGAAGGAGGAGGACUUGAAGUCUGAACACAUGAACAUAAACAAGAUCGGUGCUAUAAAAAAGAUAUAUCUCGCGAUCAAGCAAUUGCAAAGGGACAAUAUAGCUGUUUUGUUUGACUUAGGAUACAUGGAUCUGUUCUCAUCGUCAAAUUUUUAUACUCAUCAUCAGAAUAAACACGAGAUGCCCAGUACCGGCACGAACAAUGAAGUAUCCGUGGAGCAUGAAUUUUACUCGGCUUCCGUGUCAGAAGACGGGCAUGCUUCUCACUUACCGCCCGAAAUCUGGAAGACCGUAAUUAGCUUAGGAUAUUUGUUUAUUGUAACAUGGAUCACCGCCUUUGUGAUGGUCAUCGUUCACGAUCGAGUGCCUGAUAUGAAAAAGUAUCCCCCAUUGCCGGACAUAUUUUUGGACAAUGUACCUCAUAUCCCGUGGGCGUUUGAUAUAUGCGAGGUCAUCGGAACCCUGCUUUUCGCGAUAUGGCUUGUUGUGCUUACGUUUCACAAAUAUAGGUUCAUUUUGUUACGGAGGUUCUUUGCACUGUCAGGUACAGUCUUCCUAUUGAGAUGCGUGACAAUGCUCAUUACUUCCUUAUCGGUGCCGGGUGCGCACUUGCAGUGCCAGCCGCGGAAAGUUCCAGACGAGGACUGGACAGGUUCCGCAUACGUCGAAUUGUACAAUAAAAUAGCAAUGGCUUAUGUUAUAUGGCGGGGCGCCGGCAUGUCUAUUCAAGGUGUGAGAACCUGCGGGGAUUACAUGUUCAGUGGACAUACGGUGGCUUUAACUAUGCUUAACUUCUUCAUUACAGAAUAUACUCCUAGACAUUUGUACUUUUUACAUACUUUCACAUGGAUGCUCAAUAUGUUUGGUAUCUUUUUUAUCUUGGCGGCGCAUGAACACUAUUCCAUCGACGUUUUCGUGGCGUUUUAUAUUACUUCAAGAUUGUUCCUUUAUUAUCACACAUUAGCGAACAAUCAGGCGCUGAUGCAGCGUGAUUCAAUUAGAACCAGAAUUUGGUUCCCGUUGUUCAGUUUCUUCGAGGCGUCCGUCGACGGCAUUGUUCCUAACGAAUACGAAUCGCCGUCACUGAUCGUUUGCAACUUAGUAGGUGCGGGAAAAAACACCUGGCAUUGUCUACGUUCAGUGAUUAGCUUCCAAAAAGCGCAGCGUAGCAUGAAUGGUAGUAUAAACAGCACAAAGAAAGAACAAUAACCGUUACGUUCAUAUUGCGUUCUCUCUCUCUCUCUCUCUUUUUUUUUUUACUUUUAUACGAAACUUUUAAGGAUGUUGACCGUUUGUCUGGCAGAUCUGUUUAUACGCAGAAAUGAUAUAUUAAAAACAAGAUAUAAUUAAUUCGAGAUAUUUAUUUUUAUGCGAUAGCAUAAUUACGAUGUGCGUAUAUACAUUUAUACACGUAUAUAUGUGUGUGUAUAUAUCUCUGUUAUAUAUUAUUAUAUAAUAUUUAUAUACAUAUAUAUAUAUAUAUAAUUUUAUUUGUAAUAUAUAUAUACACAUAUAUUACGAAGAAAAUUGGAAUAAAUUGAAGAGUUUACAGGUCUAAAUCAUAUUGAUGCUUAAAAAUUCGAAUGUAUCGCACAUCAUUUUGUAAUUUGUACAAUCUCAUUUUAUUAAAAUAUGGGGAUGCAGUAUUUCUGAAACAUCAACUUCAAAAUCGACUUAA